AUGUCCGACAACGGCGAAGUCGAGGUCGAAAACCCCUCUGGGUUCUACCCGGUCCUGCCCAAGGAUGUCCAGCAGGAGAUUGGCAGCAUCAAGCUGUUCAACAAGUGGAGCUACGAAGAUGUCGAGAUUAGAGACAUUUCUUUGACCGACUACAUUCAGAUCCGCUCCCCCGUCUACCUCCCGCACUCCGCUGGCAGAUAUGCCACCAAGCGCUUCCGCAAGGCUCAAUGCCCGAUCAUUGAGCGUCUCACCAACUCGAUCAUGAUGAACGGUCGCAACAACGGCAAGAAGCUCAUGGCCGUCCGCAUUGUUGCUCACGCCUUUGAGAUUAUCCACAUCAUGACCGACCAGAACCCCAUCCAGGUCGCCGUCGACGCUAUCGUCAACUGCGGUCCUCGUGAAGACAGCACUCGUAUUGGUUCCGCCGGUACCGUCCGUCGUCAGGCUGUUGAUGUCUCCCCUCUCCGUCGUGUCAACCAGGCCAUUGCCCUUCUGACCAUCGGAGCGAGAGAGGCUGCGUUCAGAAACGUGAAGUCCAUUGCGGAGGCUCUGGCUGAGGAGCUGAUCAACGCUGCCAAGGGCAGCUCGAACUCGUACGCCAUCAAGAAGAAGGACGAAUUGGAGCGUGUGGCCAAGAGCAACCGGUAA